AUGAGACAGAAAUUCAUCAAAAUCCUGGAGGAGAACACAGACAGCAACCUCUUCUACCUUGGCUACAGCAAAUUCUUGCAAGACAUAUCUCCAAAGGGACAGAAAUUUUAUCAAUGUGAUGAAUGUGGUAAAGCUUUCAAUUGGAGUUCACACCUCAUUGGGCAUCAGAGAAUCCACACUGGAGAGAAGCCCUAUGAGUGUAAUGAAUGUGGUAAGACCUUCAGGCAGACCUCUCAGCUCAUAGUUCAUCUCAGAACCCACACAGGGGAAAAGCCCUAUGAGUGCAAUGAGUGUGGAAAGACUUACCGACACAGCUCCCAUCUUAUUCAACACCAGAGACUCCAUAAUGGUGAGAAACCAUAUAAAUGUAAUGAAUGUGGAAAAGCUUUCAAUGAGAGUUCCAAACUUUUUGACCACCAAAGAACCCAUACUGGGGAGAAACCUUAUGAAUGCAAUGAGUGUGGGGCUGCCUUUAGUCGGAGUAAAAAUCUCGUCCGACAUCAGAGGAUCCAUACUGGGGAGAAGCCUUAUGAGUGUAAUGAAUGUGGCAAGGCCUUCAGUCGGAGUAAAUGUCUUGUUCGACAUCAGAGCCUCCACACUGGGCAAAAACCAUACAAAUGUAAUGAAUGUGGGAAAGCCUUCAGUCAGAUCUCUCAACUUGUUGACCAUGAGCGAAUUCAUACUGGAGAAAAACCUUUUGAAUGUAAUGAGUGUGGUAAGGCAUUCAGUCUGAGUAAAUGUCUUAUUCGACAUCAAAGACUUCACACAGGUGAAAAGCCCUAUAAAUGUAAUGAGUGUGGAAAAUCCUUCAAUCAGAGCUCAUACCUCAUUAUACACCAGAGAAUUCACACUGGUGAGAAGCCUUAUGAAUGUAAUGAGUGUGGGAAGGUCUUCAGUCAUAAUUCUAGCCUUAUGGUUCAUCAGAGAACCCAUACUGGGGAGAAACCCUAUAAAUGUAGUGAUUGUGGGAAAGCUUUUAGUGACAGCUCACAGCUCAUUGUGCACCAGAGAGUUCACACAGGAGAGAAACCCUAUGAAUGUAUUGAGUGCGGGAAAGCCUUCAGUCAGCGUUCCACUUUUAAUCACCACCAGCGAACUCACACUGGAGAGAAGCAUUCAGCUCUGGUUCGCACAGUUUAUUGAGACAUGAUUCUCUAAGAUAGCAAGAUAUUUUGAGUUAAUCUUUCCUUGUAAUAAAGAUACUCACCCUGAUCUCCUCUUGGAAUCACUAAUCAAUGAGGGCCAUUCCCUCCAUUCUUUCUGCUUGAAAAUGAAGGUGGGAGAGUCACAGGGCCCUCCUUCCCAGCUAUGAGGGAAGUAAGGACUACACAUUUCUUGGACUUGUAGAUUCCCUCCCUCCCUUUCUCCCUCCCUCCCUUCCUUCCUUCUCUUUCUCUCUCCUCUCUUUUUUGUUUA